AUGCUCCUCUCGGAGCUUCCAAAUCCUCGCCGCCCAUGGCGCCCCUGCAUUCGACAAGCCCACCCGCCACGCCCUCGCUACCUGCCUCUGCCCCGCACGCCGACCUCACCCCUACCGAACAGACGCCACCUCCCCCUGUCGCCCUUCGCCACCUCCUCACUCUCCCCGUCCGACGGAUCUGCACUUCCUCCGGCGAAGCAGUUCCCCUCGAGGAAGGUGCUCGGCGAGAGCUGGAGGCGGAAGGCGGUUCCGCCAGGGACGCGCGAGCCCCCGCCGCCGCCCCGGUGGACGGCGAGGCGGCGGGCGAGCGCCGCAUGGCGGAAGGUGGCGUCUUUGGUGCCCAGGAAGGCCAGGAGCGUCUUCUUGCUCAAUCUUCUCGCCCUCAUAUUUGCAAGCAACAUUUCGGUUGUUAAAGACGCCCAGACUAUGUUGGAUCCUGACCUUUUCAAUAUGUUACGCUUCACUAUCGCUGCCAUUCCUUUUGUGCCAUUCUUGCUAAAGUCCCUGAGAGACAUGCAAGUGUUCAUUAGAGGAGUAGAGCUGGGCAUUUGGGUAACCUUUGCUUAUGUAGCUCAGUCUAUCGGGUUAGUCACAGCUGAUGCUGGCCGUGCAUCUUUCAUCUCUGCCCUCACUGUGAUCAUUGUCCCUUUCUUGGAUGGUAUUCUUGGAGCAGAAAUACCUGCAUAUACAUGGCUUGGCGCAUUUUUAUCAGUUGUUGGGGUUGGUAUUCUUGAGCUAAGUGGUUCUCCUCCUUGUGUUGGUGAUCUUCUGACCCUCCUUAGUGCCUUUUGUUUCGCAAUUCAUAUGCUCAGAACCGAGCAUAUUGUCAGAAAUAUAAAGAAAGAGAAUUUCCUAGCCCUUGUCGGAUGCCAGGUGCUUGUUGUAGCUCUUGUGGCGGCAGCCUCGUUUGUUGUUAAAUUCUUCCUCCGGAGUGUAGUACAGUGGAAUUUAAAAUUACGGACAAUAACAGAGUUAUUCAGUGUGAUGGCAUCAUUUCCUUGGCUAGCAAUACUAUACACAGGCAUACUAUCAACUACCUUUUGUUUAUGGGCAGAGGUUGUUGCUAUGCGUGACGUGUCAGCCACAGAGACUGCCAUAAUUUAUGGUCUGGAACCAGUAUGGGGUGCUGCUUUUGCAUGGGUAAUUCAUGGUGAGCGAUGGGGCAUUACAGGACUUGUGGGAGCUAUCUUCAUCAUAGCGGGUAGCUUGAUGGUUCAGAUACUAGGAUCGUUUCUUGAUUUAUCAACAGAGGAUAGUUACCAGAUGGACAGCUAAUACAGAUAUCCGAG